AUGAAAACCUUCACCCUUCGAUCUUCAGGCCACUUAACGCUAUUUCUUGACUUCUCACCGGUUGUCGCGCGCAAAGCCAGCGGUUUGAGGUUGCUUCUAGUGACCUGGCCGACCUCACAACAGCAGUAUCGUGGAUGGAUUCAGAUGCAGGACAGCGAGGCCCCCGGGCUCCCUAAAACGCUUUCCAAUUCCCCUCCCUGCGUCCACGCCUUCACCAUGGCCAAGUCCUCCGGAACCGAACCCCUACCAGGCGAUGGCAAGAACCGCAAGAAAAACCGCCGCAACCGCGAACGGCUCAGGAGGAAAAACCGCCGUGAGCGUGCCAUAGGAGCCCUCCAUAUCUCGACCCUCCCGCCCGUCGUCCGCACGCUCCGCCGAUCCGCCCGCGAAGCGCCGUACAAGACCGCCAAUCCCUACCAGUGGAUACAGCCCUGGAUCCGCGACCCAUUCUACAAGUACAGCUGGACGCAGUAUCCCGACGCGCAUCUCCUGGGCCUCCCCGCCGAGCUGCGCCAAACGAUCUUGGACAUGAGUUUGGCGCCGCCGCCGAUCCACGGUGUAUCGCGGAUCUUCCGCGCGGAACUUCUCUGCCGGCGCAUCGGAGAGCUGUGCAGCGUGGCGCCAGCGAUGCGCGUCGACAUGGCCUACGUUGGCCAGCAGUGGAUCAAGAAAUACAUCGACUCGAACCGCAGCUUCGACCUCUCCGCGCACCUAGUCGACCUCCCGAAAUGGUUCAAAGAAAAGCGCGCAAAACUUGUGUUGAUGCAGAAGGGGAUUAGGCGGAAGAAGAAGAUUCCUGUCGAUGAGGGAGAGAACGUAAAGUCUGGCCAGAAGCUUCGGCCGAAGAAGUGCAAACACUGUUGUCAGCGACACCCGACCGGAGACCCGCUGUGUCCGCUGGCGAGGCAGGAUCCUCAGUUGUGGCGUAAGUUAACAAAACCGCUGAAGAGUACGUCGAAGAGGCCGAGAGCCAGGGGUGCGUGUGCAGGGUUCCAGGGGGCCAGGGCCGUUUUCGAAGAGUAA